UACAAGUACAGUAUACAAGUGAAGCUGCCUCCAGUGAAAACAUCCAGUGACCCAGCAUGUCGGUUGGUUAAGAAUAACUAGCUGUAGGCUACUCAAAUGUCAGGUCUUGGCAACCAUGGGCAAGAAAGAUGCUCAGAGAUGUACACUUCCUGUAGAUCAGUAUCGCAAGAACAUUGGGAAGCAGGACUAUAAGCGCAGCAAGAAAGAUCUGAUCCGGUCCAAACGAGAGGCAGAUCGGAGGAAGACUAGCACUGGCUUUCGGGAUUCCAUGCUGGUCAUGCUCGCCCUGUGUGCUGUAGUGUGCCUCAUCUACAUGUUCUUCUACUUACAAAUGCCUCCAAAGACAUGACAGGUGGAGCAACUACUAUCACGUUGUGCCUCAUUGCAGAACUAGUAGGAUUCAUUGUCUCAGAGCUUUUCUAACUCUUGAGUCCAGAUGCUUUGUCUGAAAUGAUUGAUGAAUUAAAGGGAUUUUCAGUGGGUUUUUCAAUGCUGGAACUGUAGUCUCAUUCAAAAGGACAGUUUAUACUUUACUUGAAACCAACUGGAAAGCUCGCAGCACAAAUAUUUGAUGUGAUGUCACAGUUUUGCCUCUGUGUUUGUUUUUGCAAUAAGUGUGAACUGGCCUCAAGCAAUGAAAUGACUCACGUUGAGACUUUAAUGGUUGUGUGAGAAUGUGUAACUCUAGAAGCAUUGGAGGAGAGCAGACAGAACUGUGAACUUUUUAUUCAUCCAAUUGACAGGCAUAGGAAAAAAUAUUUGUUGGGUCCAAUCUAAGUCUCCACUACAAGCAGAAAAGAAUCAGACAUUUAAUGAAAUAUCUACAGGUUAUCCAGUCUUAAGUCAUUGGGAUGAUUUGUGACAAUGCUAUUGUCUAUCGUCUUUUCCUUAGGGUUCCUGCAGCCUGGAAAAGUCAUGGAAUAGUCAUGCAAAUUUUUUUUUUCGUUUUCCAGGCCUGGAAAAGUCAUGGAAAUUGGUAAAGAUGACUAAAAUUAUGGAAACAUCAUGGAAUUUUUCAAACACUGUGUGUGAUUUCUGUUAUAAAGUGCAAAAAUGCGUGAUUUUAUUUGCAACUUUAAAAGUCCAGAGUCCAGGAAAUUGCAGUAUUGGGUCAUGGAUUUUCAUAAUUUUGUCAUGGAAAAAUCAUGGAAUUUAAUUGUCCUUUAGGUGCAGGAACCCUGUUUCCUUGUGACUAGACUGGAGCUUCAAAUUGUCAUCGGCUCGUAUACAGGUUUACUCAAUAAAUUCUGCAAGGAAUAGUUAAGCUUCUUUCAUGGUCGUCAUCCAGAUUCAGAAAGGUGUCCAGUACAAGAGCAGUCAUUGGAGGAAUUCAAUCAGUGUCAUCAAGAGAAAGCGAAAGAAGAUUCUUAUGUCGUGCUUUACAAGAACCAUGUAACUCUACACAGGGCUAAGAUGGACUUGGUAAUUGAACUGCAUUCAGUCAAUAUGACUACAUGCACCACUUUUGGAGCAUGUAUUUUGACCUCUGACAUUUAACCUUUAUGAUUUGCAGGAAGUAGGGUACUUGUAGCAGAGUAUCCUGUGCAAAUAAAGGGCCCUAGGUUAUUGAGGGUGUUGAUAUAUAUCUUUUGGAAAUGAAACAUUUUUGUCUUCCAUAUUCAACGAAGAUGCAUUUUUAUCUUGUACUUAAAAUCAUAAGUUAAUAGUAUAAAAUUUAUACAAAUUCAUAGAUUGUGUAUCUUUGUAACUUUCAAGAGGUUGAAUGUCUGAGAAAAUUCCUUUUUGUAUGAGGCAUUUUUGCCUAUUUUCUCUUUAAAACAGAGAUGUAUAAAAAAAUAUUUAAGAAGGUGAAUUUUUCAUUUUCUGUUUGUAAACUAAUUAUAAAAUGGAUGAUGGAAGUAGUCUGUGUCAUUUAAGUAAAUUCCACUGAUGUUCUUCAAAUUUUCUGUAUUUUCUCUAUUUCUAGGUAAUUGAUGAAAUAAACGCAUCAUUAAAAAUCUGGGUGAAAUGGCAAUGUGUUACAUGUGGGUGAGUCACAGGAGUUGAGUCCCAGUCUGAUUCCUGAGUCA